CCGGCGCUUGCACACAGCAGCUGGAGUUGUCGGAGCCCACUCUCUGCCCCAAGAUGACAGCGAGCAAGCGGGUCGCGAAGGAGCUGGAGGAUCUUCAGAAGUGCCUUCCCUGGUACCUGGGGAACCUGGUCAGCGAAGACACCAACGUCCUGGUGUGGCACGCACUCCUCCUGCCCGAGACGCACCCUUACAACCUCAAGGCCUUCUACCUGCGCAUCAGCUUCCCCAGGGACUAUCCGUUAAAGCCCCCCACGGUGACGUUCACCACCCCAAUCUACCACCCCAACGUGGACCCCGAGGGCCGGGUGUGCCUGCCCAUCAUCAGCAACCAGCACUGGAAGCCCUACACCAAGGCCUACCAAGUCCUGGAGGCCGUCAACAUUCUGGUGAACCGUCCAGACCUGAGGGAGCCCGUGCGCAUGGAGCUCGCUGACCUGCUAACACAGAACCCGGAGCUGUUCCACAGGAGCGCCGAGAAGCACACCCUCCAGUUUGGAGAGCACCGGCCCUCCUAACUCUGGCCUGCCCCACUGUGGGCGUGAUGGAUGGACACACCGCACGGACUGGGGCCAGAGCCCCUUGGUGGCCCAUGCCCUGCUGUUUUACGAGUUUUUUUUUCUUUUUUCUCCUUAAGUUGUUAGUUGUGUGUGUGGUAUGUGGUAUGUGCAGACCAGUUCCGGGUUCACCUGGCCGCAGGUGUGCUUUCCCACACCCUUUCUGUGCCCCAGAGCUGGGCAUGUUAGAUUUGCAGAAAAACAGGCCAGCUGUCCAGUGUUCUUGGAUAUGGGGAUCCUGGUCUUACUAGUGGCUCUAUCUUGAGGUCACCUUCCAGGCCAGCUCACAGGAAAUGAGCCCAGCAGCCAACCAGAAUCCUCCUGGGGGCCUGGGGGGGAGUGAGGGGCAGGGCACUUGGCUGGAGUCACUUGUGAUUGGGUGAGUCAUUUGAUUACAUGAUUGAAAUCAGCCAGGCUGCUGAUAAACAUGGGUCGAUUUGGGUGUUAAACCUUUUCUUUUCCACUGAUGCAUCACUAAGUGAAGAAUCAGAUCUCCAUGCCAGAAAUCUGACUACUUGGUUUCCAAACCACUUGCAGUCUCAUUAGGUUGCCCUUCCUUGGGGCCUGGGCCUCAGGCAGGGUGCAGUGGCCUCUCCAGCUUCCAGUCUGGGGGAGUCACAGAAAUCCUGUGUUAGUCCAGCCAUUAAAGCCACAGACAGCUGUGGAGUCUGGCUCAGUGUUUGUGGACGGGAGGGAGUGGUUUCAUCGGAGGAGAGGAGGCUGGGAACUUAGCUGCCGUCUAAUAAAGGUAUGACCCAGCCUUUCAUGA